AUGAACCCCAAUACUAAUCCAAUCCACCUCGCUCAGAUCUAUCCGGGGGGACCAUCCCCGGAUAAUGCCCCGGGAAUAAGAGCCAUGGAAGUGGACACAGAGGGUACUGAUCAACAAGAGAAAGGCUAUCACCCCGCUAUUGAAUCAAGCAGUAACUCGGAAAAAGACAGAGACAGCAAGGUCUAUGAAAGUGAUCGACAAUACAAAUCACAGGAAAACAUACAAGAAACAGAGAUCGUCUGGCAGUACCUCACCUUUGAUACGGAACUUCCUCAUCCAACCACCAUCUAUCCACAAGAACCAAACCAAGGACCACCGCCUCCACCUCCAAAUCUUGCCAAAUACACCAAUCCCUUCGAAUGGUCGGAUAGAAGGAAGAGCAUUACAGUGUGGAUAUCAUGCCUCAUCACUAGCCUCACCGCAUUUUCGGCGGGAGCAUUGAACCCGGCUAUUCCACAGAUGAGGAAUGAAUGGGGCAUAAGCAAUGUUGCUGCUUUGGUAUCAGUCACAAUGUUUACAGCAGGUUUCGCCGUUGCUCCCAUGUUCCUAGCCCCCUUCUCCGAGAUCAACGGUCGACGACCCGUCUUCCUCGCCUCUGGCCUUCUUUUCGUACUCUGCCAAUUAUGUUCCGGUCUCACACAAUCAUACGCCGGGUUGCUCGUCGCGCGUUUCUGGUUAGGCAUUGGCGGCUCAACUUUCUCUACCAUGGUCGGCGGUGUGGUAUCUGACAUAUAUCACACCAAGGAUCGCAACACGCCUAUGGCUGUCUUUUCCGGGGCAGCGCUAUUCGGAACUUCCUUUGGACCCAUGGUAUGCGGUUUCAUUGCACAGAAUACGUCCUGGCGCUGGAUCCAAUACGUACAGACGAUAGCCUGCGGAACAAUGGUGGCACUCAUCUGCGUCGUCUUCAAAGAAACGAGAGGCUCGGUUCUACUAUCUAGAAAAGCAAAGUGCCUAAACAAGUGGUACGCUGCCCGCGAGGAAGCAGGAUAUUUUGGCCUCGACGUCCGCGAUGACAAGAAACCCGGCUCCACAAUUUCCCAGCGUCUCCGUUUCAAAGUUCGAUCAGACGAGGAACGCGCAUCCCUCGGAACCAUGAUUGCCAUCUCUCUAUACCGCCCCUUCCACCUCCUCUUCACAGAACCCGUCGUCUUCUGGUUCUCCCUCUGGGUCGCCUUUUCCUGGGCUGUCCUCUACCUCGCCCUCGCCGCCAUCCCCCUCAUCUUCCGCAACAAAUACGGUUUCUCAAUCCAACAAGCCAACGCGGUCUUCGCCUCCAUGGGCAUAGCCAGUAUCCUCGCCACCAUCCUCUCCGUCUACCAAGAAAAAAUCGCAAAAAAAUACGGAAAGACGUCCAACUCGCCGGAAGGUCGCUUAUACUUUGCUUGCGUCGAAAGCGCUUGUAUGCCAAUUGGACUCUUCAUGUUUGGCUGGACGAGCUCCGCUGGAUUACACUGGGUGUUACCCGCGAUAUCUAUUGGUAUUGCUACCAUUGGCAUCUUCUCGAUUUACCUGGCUACUUUCAAUUAUUUAGCCGAUACUUAUCAUCGCUAUGCAAGCUCAGCACUCGCUGCUCAGUCCUUCUGCCGCAAUAUGCUCGGUGGUGUAUUUCCCUUGAUUACCACACAAAUGUAUAGUAAACUUGGCUAUGGUCCUGCGAAUAGUUUGCUAGGUGGAAUCGGGGCUUUGUUGACUAUUGUACCGUGGAUUUUGGUCUUUUAUGGUCCGCGUAUUCGGGCAAGGAGUAAGUUUGCGAGCGAGAUUAUGAAUUGA